AGAGAACGGAGUUCAGAAGUUUAGUGUCUUCAUUGACCUGGGAGCAUUCAAGGAACAAGGUAAGUAUGAAAUCAAGCUGCUGUAAAUUACUCAGAAAACUGUAGAGCUAACCAUCACUGGCACAAGGGGCUGGAUCGUAACAGUAAAAGUCAAUCACCAUGCACUGAUGGUCAACCUGUAGCUCCUUAUGAGAAGAAACUGUUAACAGAAAAGGAAGUUGACUCACAUUCACUAGAAAAACUGAAUCACACCUCAGGAUCAUAACAGAAUGCAACGUUAAAACACAUCUAACUUUGUGUUUGUCUGCAUGCAUUUGACAAGUUGCUGGCUGACAUGUCUGCUGUCUGCAGUAUUUUCAAUACCAUCACAUUAUUUGGUAACUUAGUCUGACAAGAUUCUGUUUCUGCAUAAAUUAGUAACUCUCAAAGGCAGUGCAAAUAAGUAAAUAAAUACACCAGACAAAAAAAACCCCAUGACUAAUAAGACUUGUUGUUGUUAUCUAACUUAGUGGUAAAAACUACAAUGUUUUAUUCAUGGAUACCAAAGAAAACAUAGCUAAAGUUCAGUAUUUGAGCUGAGGAAAGGAACUCGAACACAUUAACAGUUUUCUAAUUGCGCUAAAUCACAUCAGAUGUUUGUAUGAAUCUCACUAAUCCACACAUACAAAGAUAAAGAAAUGAAUAACUCCACUAAGCUACGUGUCAUUAAACUGAUUAGUAAGUAAUGAACACGUGUGAAGAAAAAAAGCUGCAUAAAGCAUUAAAAGCAAACAAAUCAAUUGCAAUUUAUCAGUAUUUCUAAAACAGUUAACAUCUGGUAACAAUUAUCAUCUGGUUUGGUGGUAAAAACUUUGGUGGUAAAAAGAUAAAAAGCUUUCUUAUUAUCAAGGUCUAGCACACAAAGCAUCUCAAUAUAAGACGUUAAAACACAUCUAAAACUUUCUCAGCCUUGUUGCACAGCGCAGUAUUGACACUAGUUGCAGAGAUAUUUCUAAACACAAAUGUUCUUGUGGGCAAAGUUGGGGCUAUGAUAAAGGGAAAAGGGGAAGUGCAUGAUUAUAUUAAUAGAGCUUGCAGGUUUACUAACAGAGAACUUGCUUCACUUCAGAAGUGGAGUCUUGCGUCGUGAGUAUGUAUGAAGCCAUUGCUGUUAAGUGCAUUAUUUAGUAUUUUCAUGAAAGAACUGUACUUGUUGUGCUAAGUCUUUCUGUGUUUCCUGUUGAAAAACAGCACUUCAGAUUGUAGACUGAAAUCUUCCGAGGAGUUACAAGAUUACAAAUUGAGAUGAUUUUGCGCUCAGUGACACAUUCAGAAGCUCAAAAUGUGUCUAACUAGUAAGGUAAGGUAAUUUUAUUUAUAUAGCACAUUUUCAGGAACAAGACAGCUCAAAGUGUCUGGUUGCUGAAAGUAGCAUCAGUGUGUUUUGCAACAGUGACGUUGUGACGGUUUAGAGAGAUCAUCAAGCUCUUUUUACCAUUAUGCAAUACGUCAAUGAUGAGAAACAUUUCUGGUUGGUCAAUAUUUAGGACUAAACCAGUUUAUGCUAAGAAUAUUGAGAACAGGGCAUAAGAUUGUUUUCUAUGUAAUUAGAAAUGUCAAUGGUAAUCUUGGCCUUUUAUGCUUUUUUUGGUGUAUUCUUUACUUGCUUGGUAUUAUUUCUUUGGGUUUACCAUAAACUUUUAUGAUGCACUUUUUAAUCAUUAAGUAAACACUGACAUGUUCAAUACCAAUGUUACUCACUCUAUGAAUUAAAAGUGACUAAGAUACCUUAACUUAGUAUCAACUGAAGUGUUCAUGAAGUUGCAGAACUAAUCAUCAGUCACUUCUUUGAAUGUUUAUCUUUCUCACUUCCUUGUAAGUAUAAUCAAACGGGUUGGGGUUAGAUGAGUAGUACAUAAUCAUUUACACUCAUCAUCAAGCAACAUGACAACAAGGAAGCAGAGAAAAGAAAAAAAGGAAAGUAAUGAAAAAGGGGAAAGUGUCAGACUGUUUUCAGCCAAAAGUUUGUAUUUGGACGAAACGAGACAGAAGAUGGAAAAACAUGGAGGCUGUUCUCGGUUGGGGGUGCAUGUUGUUGUGCACAGAUGUCGAGGGUCCAGGGAGGAGCGGCAGCUAGAGGAUGAGAGCAAAAGAAAACAGACUAAAUAGACAGGUUUCGUGAUGAGUCACUUGUGACAUUUUAAGAGAAGAGUCCCCUGACACACUUCAGCUACUUUCUCAGUCUUACAGUCAGAGGGUCCCAGGUAGCAUCUUCUUCUGUCAGCGCCUCCUUCAUGGUGAGUACAGGCAACAUAUCUUCAUCUUCUUCAUGAUGUAUUAACUUUUUAAUUGGAUUGAUAAACAAAAGAAAACAUUCAGAGGUUUUACAAAAUCAGCUUUAAAUAGUAAUUGUUUCUAUGUGAAGGAAACCAACCAAUAAAAGUCAUCUUCUUUUUCUCACAACCUUUCUGCAGUAGCAUCUGCUCUUACCUGACACAAUCAACAAUCUGCCUUCUCCACCUCUUCUUCUUCCCUUUAUUUGCUGCUCCCCAGAUGCUGCAUCUCUGUUAUCUCAUGUUCUCCUUGCUGUGGAGUCUCUCCUUCUUCUCCUCUGGGGUCGCCAUCGAGUGCAACGACAGGGAAUAUAAAUGGCCGAUUCGCAAUCCCACGUUAUGUUGUCCAAUGUGUCGGCCAGGUUAUCGUUACAUUAGACGCUCAGAAACUAGUUGUGACAUUGAAUGUGAGCCCUGCGCUGAAAAUCGGUACACAGAUAUCUACAACCUGGAAGGGAACUGCAAUGUCUGUGAUGUUUGCAAGAAAGCUAACUUUGAGAUUGUGUCAAACUGCACACGAACCCAAAACACUGUUUGCAAGUGCAGAGUUGGCUACAGAUGCAAAGACGCGUCCUGCACAUUUUGUGAGCCUGCCCCAACGACCACCAAGCCCACGCCGCCGCCGCCGUCCACUACAGUAGCUGGAUCCACCUCCACAACCAAGACAACUGUACCACCAAAUAAUAAAAUCAGAGAUACUCAGUGGUUCCUGGUGAUAAUCGCCCUUCUGUGUGCUGGAAUUGCUCUAGUUGUUAUGACAAAAAUCAAGCCAAUUCUGCACUGGAUCAGAUCCAAUCACGGUUAUUUUUUGCCUGAAAAAACUGUGACAGCCCCUCUGCGCGCAGUGGAUGACGAUGUGUCCAAGCCGGUCCAGGAGGUGUGUGGAAAAUGUGACCACUGCAUCGAUUUAUGCAUAAAGGAUUAAAUCCUGCACUUGGAAAACGAAAUUACUUGUCAAAAUCUUCACUUCCACAAGAAAGAAACAACAUCUCCUGGAUAUUGGAGACGGAUGGAGACAAACAUCGCUCCAGCCGUUAUAAUGAAGAGGACUACAGUGGACGGUUCAGCUACUAAUGCUGUUCAAAAACUACAGGAUAUCUCAAUACACAAAAAACUAACCCUACAAAAACUGGAAGAUUUAUUCCACCUAAACACACAGAGUGGGACACUAUAAUAGUCCUGCAUGGACUGUUUGGUAUUUUGCUAAAUAGGUAUGUACUAUGGUACACUAUACUACAUGUACUACAUAAUAAGACAAGGAUAUUUAAGUGCCAGUGAUGAGAUUCUCACUCAGAAAUUUCUCUAACAGGUUUAAACCUAUAUAUAGGCUAAAGCCUAUAUAUAGGCUAAGGCCUAUAUAUAUAUAUUUAAGUAUAAAUAUAUAUACUGUAUAAAUGUAUAUAAAUAGACUUGGAGCUGCUGUUUAGUAUCAAAUCAUGUAUAUUAAGUACAAAAUUUCUUUUUGAAAACCUCUGUAUUUCUUUAUUUUUCUUUAUGCAAAAUAAAACAAAUAUUUCACUCAAA